ACAUUACAGCGCAGCAGUGCGUUGGCAAGACUGUCAAACAGGCUACUAGCAUUUGUAAACAGACGAAUGUGCGCGUGUCCAUUUUUGGAGAUUGUUGUUUUCUGCCCGCAGAAAAACGCUCGUAGUAAUAGUAAGCUGGCUGUCCAAUAACGUCUGGUACAUAUAUCAGUCCCGGAGAUAUCUAAGGGCGUCAGUCAACCACGUUCACCGUCAAAAGAUAAAGUGUGUCCUCGUGACAAGGGAACAACUUGACAAGGGAAUUGACUGUUACGCACAAAUAGGCAACCCAAAGACUUUGAGAAUCAGAGGAGAGUUGCAAUGCUAUACAGAUACAUUUAAGGGAAAGGAAACCUCAACUCGCGAAGCGCUCAGUGGUUACACCCAGUUGCCCCCCUAGUUGCCCCCGGCGCUCUCCCCGCUCUCCGCAGCCAUGGGCGUCCUGCUGUCCAAGAAGCAGCAGGUGGAGAAGGUGCAGAAGUGCAACACGGUGAUCUCCGCGUUUAAGGAGGGGAUACGGGACCGCCCCGCCCCGCCCAGCCAGGCGGAACGACCCGCGGGGGGCGGGGCGCGGGGCGCAGACCCCGCCCCCCAGCCCCGCAAGGCAGAGGAGGAGGAGGAGGAGGGGGAGCUGAAGGAGAACGGCGGAAACCGCAAGUCCCACAAUGCACAGCGGCCCUCGGCCCCGCCCAAGGAAGAGGGCAAGGCCAAUCAGGAGGCUUGGUCCCGGCUGCGCGACGGGAGAGGGGCGGAGCCAGAGGAUAUGGACAGGAUGAACCAGCUCACGCCUCCCGCGUUCGUUCGGCCGAAGAAGGACGUCAACGACGACCGGCCGGUGGAGGUCGACCUCGGCCAGAGAGAGCAGCUGGCCAAUGCGGAGGCGUGUGAGAUCUGUGAGGUGUGGACGGCAGAGGACCUGUUCCCGUGUCGGACCUGCAGCCGGGUCUUCCACGACGGCUGCCUGAGGGAGCUGGGCUACCUGCGGACCGCCGCCCUGGAGGACAUGAGGGAGAGCGCCCACACUGCCACUGGGUGGAGCUGCUACUACUGCGACAACGUCAAUCUCCUCCUGACAGAAGAGGAGAUGUACACCCUGAUGGAGGCCUUCAAACGGAGCGGGAUCCUUCCAGAGUCUUGCUUGGCGUCGGAGGACUUCCUGCAUUACAAGCAGCAGCUGGAGCCGGACCUGACGGUGCGACAGGAAGAGGAAGUGAUGGCCCAGUUCUCCGCCCUGGACCCCGGGAAGAGAGGAAGGGUGGAGUGGGCUGACUUCCUGUACCAUGAGUCUCUGGGGCUCCUCCGGAGGUCCCGUGCCAUGAAUUCCCUGGUGCGGCUGCUGACGGCGAAAGAGAGGGAGCGUGCGCGGGCGGUGUUCCUGGGUCUGGACCGGGACCGAGCCGGUCUCGUGACGUGGACCGCCGUCCAGAGGGCUCAGCAGUCCUGGUUCCAGAAACCCACCGAGGAGUGCCAGUCCUGCAGCGUGAGCAUCAGCCACGUGGGCCCCAUCUCAGAGAGCAGCCCUGCCAGUGGGCGGAGUCCAGAGAGAGCACCAAUCACCUCUGAGGAAGACGACAACAGACGGGUGACCUGGCCGGAGUUUCUGAAAGAGAGUGCCAUCUACAUCCUGGCAUCCCGGCCAAACAGCCGUGCUGUGCACCUCUGCCCUCCGCUAUAACCACGCCCCUCUAUGACCCCACCCCUCUAUAACCCCGCCCCUCUAUGACCCCACCCCUCUAUAUCCCCACCCCUCCAUAACCCCACCCAGUGGAAAGCUCUGAGAAAGCCUCGAUCCCGGACAGAGACGGGCUGUGGAGAGCGCGCCUGGAUCCCGGAGAGGGGGAGGGAGAUGGGCUGUGGAGAACGUGACGAUCACGACGAGAAAAGGAGAAAAGAAAGUUGAUGGCGCGGUUGUUGGUCUUUCCUCCGCUCUGCAGAGACGGAGACGGCUCGUCUCUGUUCUCCUGGCAUUCAGCUCCUUCACAGACCGCCUGCUCUUUGGUGAAACGGGCACAGAACCAUAACCACAUGUAUUUCACGGCACGGGGCCCCAAAUUGUCCUCCUGUAGCCCUUUCGGUCCCAAGCCCAGUGUGAAGUGGCUCCACCCAAAUCCCCAGGGGGUUCUGGCUUUGGUUGAGAACAUUGAGGUUGAGAGUUCCUUAUGUCACUCUUGGGUUUUUGCAGUAAUUACACUUGAGUGCCAUAUCUUACAUACUCUACGCAAGGAGCACAAACAGGGACGCACACAACAACACAAGGAGCACAAACAGGGACACACACGACAACACAAGGAGCACAAACAGGGACGCACACAACAACACAAGGAGCACAAACGCACACGACAACAUGAGGAGCACAAACAGGGAUGCACACGACAAUACAAGGAGCACAAACAGGAACGCACACAACAAUACAAGGAGCACAAACAGGGACGCACACAACAACACAAGGAGCACAAACAGGGACGCACACAACAACACA